AUAUAUUUCCCUUCUCCGCAUAAGUUUUAGCAUUACCCGCACGUUAUUCUACCAAGAUGUAUGUCAGAAUUUUAACUGUAAUUUUGUUAGUUUCUGUUGUUUUGGAUUAUUCUUUGGCCAAAAGAAAGGACAGAAAAAAAGAUAAAGUUGUACACAAAGUGCGCGGAAAGCCAUCCAGCAUAGAAUCAUCACCUAUUAUUUUGAAAAUGGAGGAACAAAUAAAAGAACUGAAAGAACAGAUAGCAAAAAUUCCUAAGAAUGCCGUACAUAUACAUAUGAGUGAUGGAAAUAAUGAUGGGAGUGCUACUCGACUGGAAUUAGACAAUGAGGACCUUCAUAAUACAUCAGUCCAUCGAGUAGAGGGCGCAAUUGAACUUGACGAUCAUGAAAAAGCCCAUCGAGUAGAGGGCGCAAUUCAUCUUGACGAUGACGAUCAUGAAAAAGCCCAAGUUGUAACACAUGGAAACGAGCAACAUAUACAUAUGCACAUGCACCUGGAACCUAGUGAAUGUAAAGAUCAUCAUCAUCAUCAUCAUGAAAACGAAGAAUUCCAUGCCCAUUGCGAAGUUUUCCCGAACAGUAACAUAGCAGAUGGCGAUGACAUAAGAGGAGCAAUCCAUAUGAUACAAAUUGAAGAUGAUCCAGUGGAGAUCUUUAUUGCAUUGAAUGGUUUUGAUAUGACGAAAGAAAAUCCAAAGCAUUCACAUGGUUUCCAUGUUCACCAGUUCGGUGAUACAACCAACUCAUGUGAUUCCUUAGGAAGCCAUUACAACCCCGGUGGAAGUACACAUGGAGCACAAGAUGCUCACACAAGGCAUGUAGGAGACCUUGGAAAUAUUGACUGUGAUAUGAAUGGAGAGAUUGACCAUAAAAUGAAGGAUGAGACGAUCACUCUUCAUGGUAAAAAUUCACUGAUUGGUCGAAGCAUUGCGAUUCAUGAAGGACCUGAUGACUUAGGAAUGGGAGGUGAUGCCGGAAGUUUAAAGGGAGGUAAUGCUGGGCCUAAGGUUGCUUGUUGUGUCAUAGUACUUGCAGAUCCAAAACACCAACAUCAUAUAAACCUUGAUGAUCAAGCCGGUGGCGCUAAGCAUGAGGGUCACACUGGAUUGGAUAUCCAUGAAGUUAAACCGUGACCAGAUAACCGAGUGUAAACGGUUAUAUUUCAUGCAAAUUUGUAAGAUCUUAUCAGGAACAUGUGUACAUAUAAUUGUACAAAAGAAACAUAGAUGUAUGCCUUUUAGAUUAAGAACGAACGCUGAUGAAAUACAUAAUAAAAUUCAAGUAUAUAGUA